AUACUCUAUGUACUUUCAUUUUCAUUUUAACGUUACAAAAGCGUCCGUAGGAAGGAUAUUGUCAACCUUCUAGACUCCAGUUAUUAUGUCUGCUGUAAUGAGACUUGUAUCCCAUCGCAUUUACGGGAUUUUAAAUUCAGGAAGAUCAGCAGUAGUUUUGCCAGUGUAUCGUAAUCACUCAGAAGAUGGGAAAGGUCAUCGUAAGGGAAAAACCCCAGCUGGAAAAUUUGAUGAUCCUCGACAAGAACUUGAAACUGAGGAGGUUGUGAAUAUGACUGUUGAACUUGAACCAUUAGAGAGGUUUCCCAACGACACAAACCCCGUUACUGGGGAGAUAGGUGGUCCUCGUGGACCAGAGCCAACUCGUUAUGGCGACUGGGAGAGAAAAGGACGAGUGACGGACUUCUAAUGAUCUGUGGUUACUUUCAUGCGUCUUUCAUGUGCUUUAAAUAUUGGUUUGCACUUUCUUGAUUCUGUGGUCAAUUGUAUAUGAACAUGUGCAUUGUUGGAGGAACUUGCAAUUUGUGUGAUCCAAUGCAAGAUCUCGAAACAGUGUACUGGAGUUUAGCAACUGCAAGAGUUGGGAGUUACAUAUUCCUUUUGAACUCUGUACAUAUUUACAAUAAAAGCAUACAAAGUUCG